AUGGGUUCGAUCUCGCUCUCAGAAGGCGAAUUGCGAGUGCGCAAGCUCUUCAGCGCAUUUGAGAGGGGUACCGAGGACAGUGUAGAAGCGGUCCUCGAGCUCUUCGCGGAGGAUGCGAUAUUCUACGUAUGGGGCCCGACGCUGCCCCCUGCUGUCGGCCACGACGCGAUGCGCACUGCCUUCAAGGGGCUGAGCACGGUUCUUCAGGACUUCAAAGCUGACCUUGGAACCGUGGCCGUGUCGGGGAACGUGGUCUUCGUCGAACGGGUCGAACGAUUCACCUACAAAGGGAAGAAAGCCAUCGAGUUGCCACUGGUGGGCGUGGGUGAGAUCCGCCCCAGUGACGGAAAGUUCACGUUGUGGAAAGACUACUUUGAUUCCAAGGUCUUCGCUGACGUACAAUGA